CUUUUUUCGACGCGCAUGUGCGACUGGGAGAAGAGUCUAGUAACAUUGUAUUCUUAUACGUUAUUUACUUUUGUUGCAAGAAUUCGUUUUAAUACCAAGUCCUUUGUAAGGAUUGGUUAUCUUUUUAUUAUCAAACCAUUUGGAAGCAUUACAUUUGGUUAUCGUUUUGGUCUCAAAUCCUUUAGCAGGAUUAAAUUUGGUUAUUGAUUGAAUAUUCAAAUUCAACUAAGUGAAAUACACUCGAUAGCCUGCAUUGCGCCGUGUUUCGAGUAUAACAUAUAAUAAAAAAUAAAUCAUAUACUCUUAUAAUAUCACUCGAUAGGCUGCAUUGCACCGUAUUUCGAGUAUAGCGUAUUAUAAAAAAUAAAGUUCAUUAAAAACACAUUAGAACGCCUGUGUCAUAUGCCUUAUCUUAUAUCUUAUAACACCACUCGAUAGACUGCAUUGCGCCGCGUUUCGAGUAUACUACAAAUAAAAAAAUAAAGCUUAUUAAAAAAAUAGCGUUUGCACAUCUGUAUCAUUAAUAAUAUUAUUAAUAUCUUAUCGCUCAAUUUUAAUAAUAUGCAAAUUAUAAUUGAAGGGGAAUGGUUAACAGAUGAUCAUAUAGAAUAUUUUCAUUCAUUAUUACGAGCUAAUUCUAAUUAUAGACCACGCGAGACGUGGAGAGUUCAGUGCCCCGAUACAAUUUAACCAGUUUCUGAAAAUCAGGAUCACAUACAGAUUUUGCAUCAAUGCGAUAAUUUCGAAACCAAUACAGGGGGACACUGGGUUUGUAACUUUUAUAAAUAUGACGAAAAAAAACUUUAUAUUUAUGAUUCCCUUAAUUAUAAAAAGUUGCAUAAUCAUCAUAAGAUUUAUAUUGAAAAGUUAUAUCCGUUUAUGAAAAAACAUGACGGCAAAAUUAACGAAAAAUUAAUUGAAUUUCCUCAUGUGCAAGCUCAACUUAACAGUCGCGAUUGCGGAGUUUUUGCGAUUGGAUUUGCAGUUUCAUUAUUAUUCAAUAUAUCACCAGACAAAGUAACGUACAAUCAUGCGUUGAUGCGUCAACAUUUGAUCAAAAUGUUUAAAUCUAACCGUAUAGAACAUUUUCCACGCAUUCAGAAUCAUCAACAAUUAUCACGUUGUGUGCAUGAAUAUGAAUCUGCAAGUAGUAGUGCAAUUAAUAAAAAUCCCUCUUGUGGAAAUGAUGAUAAAAAUGUACCAUUUAGAGAUAAAGAAGUCACCAUACAUACAAGUACAAUUCAAACAAAUUUACCAUCCGUUUCGCAGUCAAAAAUCAGCAAUGCACAUGUACCAAGUAAUAGAACAGAAUACAUGUCUAAUUAUUAUAAAAGACAUAGAGAGGAAUUUAAUUUAAAAAGGAAAGCUAUUUAUAAAGCAAAGAAAGGGAAAUGUAAUUAUUAUAACGCAUAUAAAGAAGUGAUAAGCGAAAAGGGAAAAAAUUAUUAUAAUGUACACAAAGAAGGUAUAAUAAAACGGCAUAAAAAUUAUUAUCAGCUCACUAAAGAGAGCAUAAUUAAAAAGGGAAAAGUGUAUUAUGACAUAAACAAAGAAGUGAAAUGCGAAAAGCGAAAAAAUUAUUAUCAGCUCACUAAAGUAGGUAUAAUAAAAAAGGCAAAAGUAGUUUAUGACGAAAAUAAGGAAGUAAUAUACAAAAUGCGAAGAUAUUAUUAUCAUCUAAAUAAAGAGGUAAUCUCCAAAAAGCGGAAUAUGUACUAUGAUAAAAUACGUAAAGAAGACGAUUAUAAUAAAGUAGCAAAGCGUCGUGCUUCACUGAGAAUAAUAAAAAAGUAUCGUUAUAUUGCUGUAACAAAUAACAAUAUAACAACCAAAAAUCACAAAGAAAUGUAUAUUAGAAAACUUACAAAAAUGAUUAGAAUGCCGUCCCGAGAAGAAAGUAAAUUGGAAGCUGAGCGUAUAAUAAAAUGGUAA